CUGAUUCGUGGCUCAUCUCCCAGACUCUGACCCUUCUUUUCCCACAACAAAAGCCUGCACAGUGAAAGGAGGCAGUGGCCCUAGUUUUUAAAGGAGUGGUCCCUUCAACAUCCAUUCACCUAAUCUAAACGCGUGUGUAAUUCCUAACACUGACCCAACUGACGGGGGCUGCUGCAAACUGACAGGGCCGCAAUGAGAAGAAAGACGGAGCGCGCCUCCUGGAUCAGAAUCGUCCCUAAAAGCUGGUCACAUCGACCAAUUACGACACAGGGCGCCCUGACCACGCCCGUAUUACACCCGAGGUUGGAAGUCCAAAUUUAUGUAACUUCGUGGCUGCGGGGAUUCAGAGUGUGGGAAAGGGCUUCGAUCUGCACACAGUACUAUGGUUGUGGUUUGGUGAUACCAGAGUGCAUAGAAAAUUGUUGGAUAUUAGAUUUGGGCAGUGGGAGUGGAAGGGACUGUUACAUUCUCUGCAAACUCGUUGGGGAGAAUGGACAUGUCACUGGGAUAGACAUGACUGAAACUCAGGUGGAAGUGGCAAAAAAGUACAUUGACCAUCACAUGAACAAAUUAAACUACCAGAAUCCCAAUGUGAACUUCAUUCUUGGACACAUAGAAGAACUGGGAGCAGUGGGCCUGAAGGAUGAAAGCUAUAACCUUGUAAUCUCCAACUGUGUAGUUAACCUGUCUCCUGAUAAAAGAGCCGUCCUGCGUGAGGCCUAUCGAGUGUUAAAGGCAGGCGGGGAGAUGUAUUUCAGUGACGUGUAUGCCAGCCGUGACCUGCCUAAGGGGAUCAGAAAAAACAGGAUUUUGUGGGGUGAGUGCUUAGGUGGAGCCCUGUGGUGGAAGGAUCUGUAUAAAAUAGCUGAGGAUGUUGGAUUCUUGCCACCUCGACUGGUGACAGCCUCUCAAAUAUCCAUCCAUAAUAAGGAGCUGGAAAAUGUUGUGGGUGACUGCCAGUUUGUUUCUGCUACUUUCCGUCUCUUUAAGAUACCCCAGGAUGAUUCAGCCCAAAGGUGUGAAGUGAUUUACAAUGGAGGAAUCACUGGACAUGAGAAAGAACUAGAGUUUGAUGCUAACUACAAGUUCAAGCAAGGAGAAGUGAUGGAAGUGGAUAAGGAAACAGCAACUAUUUUGCAGAAUUCCAGAUUUGCUACAAAGUUCCUGAUCUGUCCAGUGGGUCAGAAGAAGCCAGUUCCUGAGAACUGUAGUCCUGAGAAAGUAAAGGACAAGAUUCGAGACCCCUUUAAGUUGGUGGAGCAAGCGGGGGCAAGAGUGCCUAAAGAGGCUAUGUCAGGAUGCUGUGGGUCUAAAGGAUGCUGUUGAACCUUGCAGUGUAUUAUCAGAAAGAAGAGCUUGAAAGAAUUCAUCAGUGAUUUAUCCCCCUCAAAUUAGUAUUAAUGGCACCAAGGUGUUGACUGGAAGCAUUUGUCACUGAUUUUAUCGUUUCAUCAGAAUGGAUUGUUGUAAGCCACUCUAAGCCAGUAUGGAGAAGGGUGCCCUAUAAGUCAAAUAAAUCAAAUCAAAACAACAGAUGAAAAGAGAGAGACCGUGAUGUCCGAGUAAGAGUGAAAGAAAAGCAUAAAUAAUUCAACCAAAGUUCUAGGUAUGCUGGUGAGUUUAUAUUCCAAAGCAGAAAUCUUUCUCCGUUAAAUAGCUGAUAAAUGCCCAAUUUAAGCACCUAAGAGGAGAUUCUGUGCUGAAUCACACUAGUGGUCCAUCUUGUCCAACAUCCUAUUUCACAAAACAGCCAGUCAGCUGCCUGAAGGGCCAACAGGGCAUGCAAAACAAGGUCUUCCCAUGUUGUUGCUUCUUGCUGCUGGCAUAUUCAGAACUUUAUCGCCUCUGAAUAUGGAAGCUUCCUUUUAUCAUCAUUCCUAAUAGCCAUUGAUAUACCGAACCCUUGUGAAUCUGCCUGCUCCAUGACUGGUGUACUGAGCAAGAUCCUCUGUAUGUCUUAGUAAUUAUGAUAACAUUUCCAUGGUGUUUAUGAGCUAUGCUUUGGUGGCAUAUUUAGAUAGCUAUGCUAUGUAGAGUUUCUAUAUAAUCAUAGCUAUAAUUUGGUAAUUUAUAUUGAAUAUAACUAUCAGGC